ACAAAAGCUUACAUUACCCACCUCUGCCACCCUUGUCUUUUAAGCUAAAACUCAUACCAAAUGGUAAACACUCUCUUCCACUGACACCAAAACCUCUUUUCUUCCCCAAUCAUUCUUCUGUGUUUUUUCCCUCUUCAUUCAGAGGUAUACUACUCAGUAGUAUCUGAGUUCCUUCUACACUGGAACGGUGCCACCAAAAACAAAAAUGGGUUCAGUCCAGACACCAAUAGGGAUGAGAAAUUCUGCAAUAUUAGAAACUUCAUGUGGAUUCUUGUUGCAGGAACUGCAGAUAAUAUGGGACGAAGUCGGAGAAGACAAAUUCGAGAGGGAGAAGGUUCUGCUGGAUUUGGAGCAAGAGUGCCUCGAGGUCUAUAGACGAAAGGUCGACAAAGCAAAUAUAUCCAGAGCACAUCUGCACCAAGAAUUGGCCGAGGCCGAGGCUGAAUUUACACACCUUUUGUUGUCUCUUGGUGAAAGAUCUCUACCUGGACGGCCAGAAAAAAGGGCGGGAACACUAAAAGAGCAGCUAGAUUCGAUCACUCCAGCACUCCGAGAGAUGCGUCUGAGGAAGGAAGAGAGGCUAAACCAGUUCCGAGCGGUGCAGGGGCAAAUUCAAAAGAUUUCUGCAGAAAUUGCAGGUAAUUCAGAUAAUGCAACAUCAAUCAUUGUAGUAAACGAGAAUGAUCUUUCACUAAAAAGACUUGAGGAGUAUCAGAACGAGUUGCAAAGGCUCUACAAUGAGAAGAAUGAAAGACUCCAGCAAGUGGAGAAAUACAUAGACGUAAUAUACAGCCUGUCCACAAUCUUGGGAAAAGAUUCCUCAGCGAUCAUCAUGGAAGUUCACCCAAGCUUGAAUGAUUUGUGUGGAAUAACAAAGAAUAUAAGUGACAAAAUCCUGGAUAAACUUGACACCACAGUAGAGUCCCUUUACGAAGAAAAGAAAGCCCGACUUGACAAGCUUCAUCAUUUAGGGAAAGAACUGUUGAAUCUAUGGAAUCUUAUGGAUGCACCGUACACUGACCGACAACCUUUUUCACACGUAAUCAAUUUGUUAUCAGUCUCAUCUUCAGAAGUAUCUGAUCCAGGAAGUCUAACUCUAGAAAUAGUGCAGCAGACUGAAGCUGAAGUCAAGAGACUGGAUCAACUAAAAGCAAGCAAGAUGAAAGAGUUAUUCCAGAAGAAACGGGAGGAACUGGAAUUGAUAUGCAAGAAAUCACAUGUGGAGAUACCUUCACAGACAGAGAUGAAGAAUAUCAUUAACCUUAUAAACUCAGGUGACUGGGAGAUUGACCAUUCCAAUCUCCUCAUGAGUAUGGAUGAACAGAUAUCAAGAGCAAAAGAAGAGGCUGCUAGCAGGAAGGCUAUAAUGGAGAAGGUGGAGAAGUGGAUGUUAGCACGUGAUGAAGAACGCUGGCUAGAAGAAUAUAGCACGGAUGAGAAUCGAUACUCAGUCAGCAGAGGAGCUCACAAAAACUUGAGACGUGCUGAACGUGCCCGUAUAAUGGUCAGCAAAAUGCCAGCUUUGGUAGAUUUGAUAAUUAAAAUGGCCAGAUCUUGGGAAGAAGAACGAAAUAAAGUUUUCUUGUAUGAUCAGGUACCUCUAAUGGAAAUGUUGGAAGAGUAUAACAUGCUAAGAAGAGAAAAAGAGGAGGAAAAGAAAAGACAGCAGCCAUGGGAAAAGAAGAAGGUCCAGAGUCAAGUAGCAGUUGAGCGAGAUAAUAUGUAUGCAUCAAGACCAAGCACCAGCAGUAGACGUAUUCCAAAUAAAAGCUGUAACGGAGGUCUAGACAGUCCUAUGCCAGUGAACAGAAGGCUUCCCAUCAGUAUCCAUCAAUUCAGAUCAAACAGCAUAAAUUCAGGAAAUCAAGCUAUAUCCUUCAUUAAUGAUGGAAGGAAGAUGCAAAGAAGAAGGAUGUUUGGUGAACCUGGCAUUCCUCCUCAUUCAAGAGACGAGGCAUCUUCUGUGAUAUCAACACAUUCUGGACCAUUUUCUCCUUAAAUUUUCUUUAUUUGAAACAUAAUUUGAGUGAAAAGCACCUGUAGAAAGCAUCGUUUGCAAUAAAACUGUCACCAACCUGCAAAAGAAUAAAUAUGAACUCAUCAUGUAUAGGAUUUUUUCUUUUUUGUAUUUAUCUCUUUGCACUUGAGUUUCCUAAAUGAGUGAGACCUUGUUAGUUGUAUACCUGUAUACAGAUUAAAUUCUUCGUCCAUUGCUUUGUUUGUAACUUUGCUUCAAGUGUGCUAAGCUGCUGCUAGGUCCCCAACAAAAAGUGAAAUCAUUUUUCAGGAACUUUGCUUCAAGUGUGCUAAGCUGCUGCUAGGUCCCCAACAAAAAGUGAAAUCAUUUUUCUUUGCAGAUCCAAGUGGAAGACUUGAAU